ACUGGUAUCGCGAUGCACAACUCUUCGAGAAAUUGAUGGCUUUUCUGGACUUGACGGGGUCGGGCGCGCUGCCGUUUCGUUGUUCGGUGGCAAUCCUCUGCGCGGCAGACGUCCCCAUUCGUUGCCGAAGGCUUGCUGCUUGCUGCUUGUCGUGCUUGGACUGGGCGUUGCGUGCUUCGGCGAGUAAAGUGCGAUGAGGCAAAGCCGAUCUGUUGGCGCUGCCAGAAGUCACGCCGAAAGUGUCAGGGCUAUCCUGUAGGGGCACCUUCAGACCCUCAAUCGCGCAGAGAGGCCCCUGUGGCUUCUUUCAGUCCGGACGAACUCGGGAAGAUCAUUUCUUCUAGCACAAGCCUUAAACGAAACCAGGACAAGAGUCGUUGGCAAGCCUUAGCCUGUACGGCGCUGGCCGAGGGCUUAGUUGGGAUGAAGUCAGGUCCUGAUCUCGCGUUUUGGACGCGGAUGAUACCACAGCUAGCUCACUCUAUUCCGUGCGUUAUAGAAGCAGCAGCAGCGUUCGGUGCAUCUUAUGAACAUCAAAUGCUCAGGCGCCGAAAUAGAUCAUCGAAGUUCUUGGCCUUGAAACAGAUCACCACCGCAGUGAAAAGGCUUCAAGACGACGUUGUCCUACUUCCUUCCGGCCCUCUUCCGGUUUUUGCGGCAUGCGUAUUAUUGGCCUGCGCAGAAACAAUAGGGCACAGGAACACCGACGCCUUGCUUCACCUGCGCGGAGCAUUUGCAGCAAUGUCCUUGGAGCAGGCGCCCGCCACAAAAGACUUGACACCUUGGAACGAAGACACCUCGUACACUUUCCAAAAAUUCGACAUCCAAAUAGCCAGUUAUUCCACAGGAUUGAUACCUCCGAUACUGCCAUCUCUGAAUAUUGAGAAGACACAUAUCGUUCAUGGCACACCUGUCACAGUCGCAAUGGCGGACAGGACGUUAAUUCGGAUCCUUCACACUUGUUACCGCUUUACCUCGGAAGCAGCCAAGUACAAAUACAGAGUAAAGGCCACUCAACGGAGCUAUCUUAUGCUGGAGCAAUACCGCCAUAUCGCCAACCUCACUAAUUGGCUCUCUUGGUAUCGCCGGGACUGCUCAAGUUCGAGCCUGAAAAUCUCAGAUACCGACCGUUUGCAAGGACUUGUGCUUCAAGCACAAUGUCUCAGUGCGCUCAUCUGUGUCUCGACGAUCCUGAAUCCUUACGAAACUGCAUACGACCAGUACGCAGGUCAGUUCCAGGAGCUUGUGGAGCAUGUUGAACAAGCUCUUGCAGUAAGCAAAGGUCCGAGAAGCUUACCCAUUUUUAUUCCGGAGAUUGGUGUGAUCCAGCCGCUUUUCUUCACAGCUAUCAACUACCGUCAUUCGAGAUGGCGCUCCAAGGCAAUUUCAUUGCUGCGCAGAUGCGGCCGUGAAGGGCCAUGGUGUAACUAUGUCGAAGCUGCUACCGCCGAAGCUUUCGUCCGGGCCGAGGAGGGAGCCUAUUUUGCUUCGGUGAGGCAAGCAUCUCAAACCACGGAAAUGGCUUGUGAGAUAUUACCAGAGAAGCUCUUGGAGAAAGAUAGGUUCUCGGGCUGCACGUUACUUGAGAUCAUGGAGAAUAGUGAUGGCUCGGAGAAAGCGCUUGUCAAGUUGACCAAAUGUAAGGAUAUGGACACUUUGCUUGCCAACCCCGAUGACAGUUCGAACUGGGUCUCUUGGCAUGAGACUUGCGAGCUUGUGUUGGACUGAGAUAAGAUCUCUUCGUGCCUAUAUGGCGUGGGAGAAAAGAUGGUUCCUAAGAAAAGAAGGUGCAGCACAAAUGUUGUAAUUAUGCAACGAGUCAUGAUAUGAUGUCAUAACUCAC